GUUCUAAAAUGUAACAAGAAAGCAAAAAGAAACAAGAUGAAGAAACGAAGUAAGAAAAGAAGAAGAGGAUCGAUCUGCCAGAGAAUCCUCGUACUUUCUUGAAAUUCUUUGUCAAGAUCAAAUCACGGACCUUCCCAACGAGUCGCACGAGCACGGAAUACAUAGGACGGAUGUCCACGCACGAUCGCGCACAGUCCUACGAAAUCACCCAAGUACGAGUGCAGUCACGCGUGUGCGUCUACGCGAACACAAAGAAAAUACGUAUGACGAAGAGAAUAUUGAGAGCGGGGACAACCGAUGCCGAUUGGUAUAAAGUCUGCUCGCUCGGUCCUUCUUAGCACGCAGUCUUCGGGGCAGCAACCAGCAAACGUCCAGACUCCAAUUACCAUGGAUUUCAAAACUCUUAGUUUUUUUACGACUCUCCUAGCCGCCUGUCACGGAGGCCUUCUGCCUGGAGCAACCACAGCAGUAGGACUUGCUGCUGCACCAGCCGCGGUUCUUCGAACAGAGAAUUACGAUCCGAAUCCUCAAUAUAGUUUCAGUUAUAGCGUCGCUGAUGGACUUACUGGUGACAACAAGGCUCAAGAAGAAACACGCAGUGGUGACGUCGUUCAGGGUAGCUACAGUCUGAUCGAACCAGAUGGUUCUCGACGAAUUGUCUCGUACGCUGCUGAUCCGAUCAACGGAUUCAAUGCCGUCGUACAGAAGGACCCUAGCGUAACCGUAACGAAGACCGCCGUAGCUGCACCAGUUGCACCGGUCGCUGCUGUAGCCGCUGCUCGACCUGCUGUGGCAGUCGCAGCACCCCAACUUCUUGCUCGUCCUGCAUCAGUCCUUGCAGCUGCUACAGCACCAGCCGCGGUAGCUCUUCGUCCUCAGAUUGCUCUUGGCGCACCCUUGCUUCGAUCCUCUCUGGUUGCCGGCUCUGCUCUGGCAGCGCCUAAUGUACUAACUACGAAUCUUGGACUUGGACUUGGACUUAGGACAGGAUCGCUCUACGGUACGCAAGCUCUUCUAGCGGGUGCUUACGGAGCCGGUGGCAUCGUGAAGGUUCAUUAGACCCGAUAACUCCUCGUUCGGCUCGGCUUAGCUCGACGACACGACCAUGUCUCACUCCCACUCGCACUGUUGUUAUUAUAACGUUUGCUCUUUGUGUCUUUACUCGCGACGCGAUCCCGCAAGAAUUUCUCUCUUUCCUCUUUUCUCUCCGACAAAGACGCAAAAAAAAACUUCUUUACUAAUCGUAUUUUACAUAUCUACAUACAACCUCCGAUCAUCGGUUUCUCGUAAAACAACCAACCACUUUAGCACAGUUGUUUUCGUGUCUCGUUCACCACCAUAACCAACAGCACCAGUCUUCUACCGAUCAUGAAAUUUGUCCAUUCACCAAAGCCCACCGAAUUCAUCGAAUUUUUAUUUCGACCUGAUUUCAACCUGUCGUUCAUCGAAAUAAUCUUGAUAAAUCUUCAAAGGACUAAAUCCCACGAUCUACUUAAGCUGCUCCUAAGAUCGAAGGAUUCUCAUCGGAAUGUGUAUCGGUGUUUGGGUUUUUUUUUUUCUGUUCGUUUUUUAUUUCUUUUAAACGUACGUGCUUGAAGGAAACAAAAAGUGAAGUGAUCGUGGCCGAAGGAUCGAGGGUAUUCUUUCGUUGUCCUUUCGAUGAAUGGAAAGAUCUCGAUGCUCGGUGACAGUGUUCGAUCGGUUAUUUUGGAUCCUUGAAAUUUACGAAAUUGAGCGUCGCGCUAUGGAAAGAGGAGGACCAAUUGGAUCCGUCGCACAUAUUUACUAUAAAUACGCGUUCAUUAAAUAUAUACAUAUAUAUACACGUACGUACCUAUUAUACGUAACAUAACAAUAUAAUAUAUAUAACGAUAUAAUAUAUAUAUCAUAUGUAUGUGUGUAUAUAUAUAUCAUGUAUAUAUGUACAUAUAGUGUAUAUAUAUAUAUAUAUAUGAACGCAUCAGGCGAUAUAAAUCUUUAGAUAUUCGACAUUCUGUGACACGUAACGCUUGCGUUUCGACGCGUAGUUUUCCUUCCGCAUUUAUCAGCUCUUUGAAAGUUUAUCAGGGAGAUCGAGAGAGUUCCAUGUCGAAUCAGCCGAAUUUAAUCUUUAUCUUUUUUGCAUUAUUCCGUCAUCGGUCGUCCCACUACCAACCAUUACUACUAUUAUUACGAUUAAUACUAUUACUACUAUUACUACCACCACCACCACCACCACCACUUCUACCACCACCACAUUUAUCGUUUUGCACAUGUCCCUCUUUUUGUUUUAAUCAAUUUUUGUUUAUUUUUGUUCAUUCUUGCAUUACCUACUUCCUGUGUGUGUUUUUUUUUUCUCGUUCGUCGUUCCUUGCUUCUCUCAAUACAUGAUUUAUCUCGUGAAACAUUGAAAGUCGUGAUAAUAAAUGUGUUCCUGACUCGAUCUUGAUUAUCUAAGUUAAAAUCGUGUUAAAUUUUUCUGAUUACUAUUCAGUCGACCCACAGUUUCCACCCCUUCAACCAACCUCUCAAAUACCACUACCAAUACGACUUAACAUACGUGUAAUAAUCCUCAUUCUUUUAAGCAUAAGUAAGCCGUUUUAUGUACUACGGCACGUACGCGGCACGGAUUAUAUAUACCAGUUGUGUGAACCUUGAAAUAAAAAGAUAAGUUUUCACGCUAACUAUAAUUUUAAAUGA